AUGGCUCCCAAGACGGUGCUGAUCACCGGCUGCUCCUCGGGCAUCGGGCUGGCGCUGGCCGUGCGCCUGGCCAGGGACAAGCAGCGCCGCUUCCGAGUCAUCGCCACCAUGAGGAACACGGGCAGGAGCGGGGCGCUGGCGGCGGCGGCGGGGCCGGCGCUGGGCAGGACGCUGGAGAUCAAGCAGCUGGAUGUGUGCGACGAGGGCUCCAUCCGAGCCUGCCUCGACAGCAUCCCCGGGCGCCACAUCGAUAUCCUGGUCAGCAACGCCGGGGUGGGCAUGGCGGGGCCCCUGGAGUGCCAGAGCCUGGCAGCCAUGCAGAGCCUCAUGGACACCAACUUCUUCGGCCUGGUGCGCCUGGUCAAGGAGGUGCUGCCCGACAUGAAGCGGCGCCGCGGCGGCCACAUCGUCGUCAUCAGCAGCAUCAUGGGCCUGCAGGGCAUCGUCUUCAAUGACAUCUACUCGGCCUCCAAGUUUGCGGUGGAAGGUUUCUGCGAGAGCCUGGUGGUGCAGGCGCUGCGCUUCAACGUGGCGAUCAGCCUGGUGGAGCCGGGGCCGGUGAUGACGGAAUUCGAGACGAAGCUGUACGAGGAAGCCGAACGCGCCGACUACUCGCGCACCGACCCCGAGACGGCCGAAAUCUUCACCAAGCUCUACUUGAGGAACUCCAGGGAUGUCUUCACCAGCCUGGGCCAGACCCCUGAGGACAUCGCGGAGCACACCCUGCGGGUGAUCGAGGCGGCCCGGCCGCCGUUCCGGCACCAGACCAACGCGGCGUACACGCCGAUGGCCGCCCUCAAACACGCCGACCCCAGCGGCGCCCUGGUCACCCACGCCUUCUACCAGCUGGUGUUCAAGUACGACGCCGUGCUGCGCUUCGGCCUCCGCGCCAUCCGCCUGCUCCGCUGGAAGGCACAGAAGGUCAAGGCAGGCGUGCGCCUCCUGGGCUUCAAAUAAACCCUUGUGGCUCCUGGGCACUGCCCAGCCCAUCCCGGGUACGGGGGCAAGGAGGCCGGGACCUGGGCAGGGUUUCGCUUCCCGUUCCCGGCCUGAAAUAGCUCCCGCCGCCACCGCAUUAAAAUGGGAGGGUAUUUAUAACCAGGGCAAGGCAGAGCAGCUUCCUCCGGGAGUGCAGCGGCCGUGACGGGGCUGGGAAGGGCUGGCAGCUGCCCCCUGCCUGCCUCCUGCUCCCCUGGGGCACCCGUGCCUCUGCCCCGCGGGCGUGUGGCACCCAGGGGACCUCACCCCGUCACCCCCCGGUGCUGCAUCCUCCUCCCUCCGGGCACUGCUGCGGGGUCGGGAAUGUCCUGUGGUGGGUGUCACCCCUGUGUGGCACUGAGGGCGCUGGGGCAGCACAGGGGGUGCAGGAGGUGCUGGGGAGCAGAGCGAGAGGGGUGUGUGGAGUGUUCAGAGGGGCACGGGGGGCAUUUGGGGUGCAGGGCGGGUUCAGGGGUGCCCAGCAGCAGCUCUGGGUGCCCCAGAGCACCAUCUCUGGUGCCCUAGCAGAUGCCCCAGGGGCUCCCCCCUCCAGCUCCCGGUGGGUGACAUCAGGGUGGGUUCACCCUGGGCGCUGCCGUGUGGGCGCUUGGCGUGACAGCACCGGGAGGUGAGAGCAGGGGGAAACCACAGGAGGCCCGGCAUGAAUCAGCCCCGCUGCUCAGAGCCUUCCUGGCUCCCCCCGCCCUCCCUGAGUCCCCGGAGCUCUGGAGGGACCCCCAGAGGGCUGGAUGGCAGCGGCUGCAGCUCCGUGUGCCGCGCACGUGGCCUCUGCCAGCCCCGCCGGCUCCAGGGACCGUGGGGACAGGAUGGAGGUGGGGAAGGAAAUAUUUUUUGCAUUAUCCCCCCCUUCUCGCACGAGUUAAUGGCAAAGCGGUGGUGGGACCGCGGCCCCGGGGUGGUGGCAGCACCUGUGGGACGUGCAGGGGUGACAUCAAAGCGGUGACAGUGUCGCUGCCUCCCCCCUCUGCGGUUUCUGCAGAUUUGACUAACUUUCUCCGCUUGGGGGGCUGGAUGGGGGGAGAGGUAGGCGUGACUCUGCCCGGCCCCGGGGAGCAACAAGGGGGGCCCCGGCACAAAGCCACGGCUGUGGGAAACGGGGCUGAGGGAGGACAGGACCCUCCUCACACACCCCCAGCCCCACGGUGUCCCCCAGUGCCCAGGGGAGCAGCAGUGGGGCUGGAACUGGGGGAACUGGGGGGACAGAGAGGGGGGAACAGGGAGCUGCUGUGGGUGAGGGCAUCCCCAAGAGGCAGCGGGCACCUGGCUUGUGUUUGGGGCUGAGGAGCAUCACCUCGCACCCGGAGCAUCCUCCGUGGCCGUGGGGCACCACUUGGAGCCCAGGGCUGUCACCCCCAUGGCCGCAGCCCCGCGGGUGCCGGGGUGCAGGCACUGCCGGAGCCGUGCGGGUUGGAAGUAAAUUCUUCUAAAAAAACAAUCGUCUGCUGGGACUUUCCUGUCGCCAGCGUGUGACA